UGCUUCUAAAUUUUGUAAAUAUUUCCAAUUAAAGUGUUUUUAAUAUUAAAUCCAUAGUUAUCUUAGAGUCCUUUAACACCCUCAUUUUACAUACCUUGAUUUUUUUUCGCACUUCUGGCAUAAAGACUUAAUGAAUGCAGAACAAGACGUCUGUUUAUUAUUAUGUUUACCAGAUGUUUACCAGUUCGUAAUGUUUUUCACAUUAGGAGUUUUUAUCCGACUAAUGUAUAUUUUACUUCCACAACGACAGGCGAAUCUUCUGCAGCUACUGGAAAGUUUAAUUUGCUAAAUAUUUCCCAUAAUUCUGUUAUUAUUUCUCAGUCUCGAGAUAUAUAUGAUAAUUUAGCUUUAGAAGAUUGGUUGUACAAAAAUCAAGAUUUUACCUCUAAAGAUAUGUUUAUUCUUCUCUUAUGGUACAAUUCACCUUCUGUUGUUAUUGGAAGACACCAAAAUCCAUGGGUUGAAUGUUCGGUAGAUUAUUGUAACACAUUUGGGAUUAAAAUAGCUAGAAGACACAGUGGCGGAGGAACUGUUUAUCAUGAUUAUGGGAAUGUAAACUGUUCUUUUUUAACGCCCAGAAAGAAGUAUGAUCGAAGAAAUAAUUUGCAAAUCAUAUGUGAUUCUAUAUUUAAAAAAUGGUCAAUAAGUUUAAUUAUAUCUGAUAGGCAUGAUAUUUUGUACAAUAAUAAAUAUAAAAUCUCUGGUACUGCUUCUAAGUUAGGCAGAACCAAUGCUUACCAUCACUGUACUCUCCUUGUUGAUGUUGAUGAAGAGAAACUUCAACAGGCUUUACACAGAGAUUUGGAUUGCAUUGAAAGCAAAGCAACAUCAAGCGUUCGUGCUAAAGUAAAAAAUCUGAAAUCUGUAUGUUCAGCUUUAAAUGUGGAUAACUUAAUGUAUGCAGUUGCAGACGAGUAUAAACAAUACUAUAAAGUACAAAAUGAAAAUGUCUUUCAUGUUAUCCCAAACGAAGAUACAUGUUCUGGAAUAACUUUGAUUAAAAAGGAUCUUAUGAGCUGGGAGUGGUGUUUUGGCCAUACGCCUCGUUUUACUGUCACUAAAACAUUUCCUAUGUGUCUUCCAUCUCCUCAAUAUGGCAAAGAAAAAUUGCCAUCUCAGAUAACAGUUAAAUUCAUCAUUUUUAAAGGUUCUAUUGAAAAUAUUUCUUUAGAGCCUCAAAUAUUAGAAGAGCAAGAUUUUAAUUUUUUACAGAAAUGUAUUAUUGGUUCUUCCUUUUACUCCAGCAGUCAAAGAAUCAAUCAAAACUUGGGUUAAUUAUUCUACCAAAGAAGUGCAAAGUAAAUUUAUCAGGAAUUGUCUAUUAGAAUUAGUAUCCAUUGCCUACAGAUGACGUAUAGUUAAUCAUAGAAUAAUUUUGAAUGAGUAAUAUUUAAGAAAAUUAAAUGUUUCAAUAAACUC